UGGUUUCUGCAGAAGAUUAUAUUUUAAUAUUCUUCUUCUGCUUCUUCACAUAAAUCCAUACAAAUAACAAAGAAAACAACCUUUAUUUUCGUCUUUUUGAAAAGUAAAACUCUUUCUCAAUUCCUAAAAGAUUCCAUCUAGAAGAAGAAGAGCUUGUCUCUGUAUCCAGACUACACCACCCACUUCUCAUUUUAGUUUUUGCUAUGGCGAUGUUGUUCAAAGCUCUAAGCUUUUUGUUCGUUUUAUACUUCAAGGUUCAUGUAACCAUGGCUACACAUGAGAACUCCUCGUUUUCAUUUGAUGGGUUCGCAAAGUCUCCGAGUUUCGACAAGGAUGUUUCUCUCUUUGGAGAUUCGAAGCUGCUCAGUUCCACUUCUUCGAUUCAGCUUACUGACUCAGUGAGUGGAAGCAUGGGAGGAGUCUUUUACAAGAAACCCAUCAAGCUUUUCCCAGGUAAAGAGAGGAGGAGGGACUCGUUAUCUUUCUCCACUUACUUCUCCUUCUCAAUGCCUAAUGAGAUUAGUGACGUCCUUGGUUUUGUAAUGGUUCCGACAAGUUUUGAUCUUAGAAUGUUCGGUAAGAAAGACACCAGUUCCUCCUCUUCUGCUUUAGGGUUUCUGUUUCAGUACGCAAAGAACGAGACAGUUGUUGGUUUUGAGUUUGAUAUAUCCAGUAAAGGAAACCGUGCAAGAAUCUUGAUAGGUAAACCUGAAGCUUCUCAAAUUAGAAACCUUUCCUUUGAGGGUGACUUGAUGAUGGAAUAUGGAGGGAGGUUGAGUUGUAUGAUUGACUAUGAGGCGAGUUCUAAGAGAAUGAUGGUUCGGUUCAGAAAACCUGGUUCGGUAAAGAUGUUUGAUCCAUUUUUCUCUUUCUCCGUGGACUUGGGGGAGCUAUGGAAUGGUGGUGAGUUCAUGGUGGGAUUAAGCUCUACAAACGGGAACUCUUCAAAUGCACAUUUUCUCCAUUCCUGGAGGUUUGAGUUAAGGCAUCCUCCUCCGGUGUGGAUGCAUUCAGAGCCGCUUCAACCGUAUGAAGCUGGGGAGGCUGACAGAUCCACGGAGGAGGAUGAGGGUGUGGAGAGAAACGAGUGUGUAUGGGGGAUGCUUGGUGUUUUGUUCUUGGGUGCUGUGUGUGGAGCCAUGGGGGCAAUGUUGGCAUUGUGUCUCUGGACAAUAUGUGGUGUGAGGUGGUCAAUGGUGGUGGUUCCAGAGGAAUGUCCUGUGAAAACUGUGAGUGUUAUUGAAGAAGGCAAGAAGUAGUGAGGAGUUUGGUUUGGUUAUGGAUUCUUGCCUUAUGUUGUAGUGUAAAUGUAUGAUCUUAUUCUUCUUCUUCUUCUUCCUAGCACUUUUGUUUGCUGUAGUGACUCUUCUGUGUGUUUCUUUAGUCUCAGGUUUGAACUUGAAAUCAAUUUCAAAUGUAAAAUCACAACUAUGAAAUGAAGACAACUAGUUCUUGUUGUUGUUC